GUUAAAAUUCGCGGGUCAUGUGUCGAAGGGAGAGUUAGUUCACAAAAUAGUCUUAUGAGUCAUCCUGUAGGUUCAGUGCAUGCAGAGCUUGCUCUUCUUCUAAAGCAUUUAUUCUUGGUUGUCCUGCAAUAGGAAGAAAACAGAAUCUAUUAACAACAUCAUACAUGAUGAUUUUAACCUAGUUAAACUACCUCCUAUUGAAAAUUACCGAAUACCUGAAACUGUACUAAAACAACUGGAAGUGAACCCAAAAAAUCAGUCGGUUUAUGCAAGUUCGUGACAAUGAUAUUAAUAUUGUAAAUACUUCGUAUUUCGUAACCCAAGCACAUUGUCGACUUUUUCGACGUUAGAUGGAUUAUGUGUAUAUUUUAGCACCUAUUGGGCUAGGUGUUAUUUUAAUUUUGUGCAGCACUGGAUAUUGCAUUUAUAUUCAUUACUCUAAACGCAGGCUCGUUGAGCGCAUCAAAACGGAGAUGCUUGCAAAAAUAAUCAAUGGUCCAGAUGCUAUUGUUUACAACACUCACUGGCGUAGUAAUAUAAAAACGGGCAAAACAAACUCUGUUGUGAGUUGCCCUAAACCUCCAGGUCGUGUGGUCGGUAUUGGAGGAUCUCAAGUAGACAUAUACUCUCAUCCUAUACAAUCGCGGACUGAUGUCUUUGUCCAGAAAGUUGGGAGUGAGGUGUUUAGUUCGUUGACCAAUGAAAGGCCGCAGGUUUUGAACGUACCUUAUAGUGAUUAUAAACAUACCACUCAUUAUGGCUCACCAAAGACCAAAAAUUACACCACAAGUAUACCAAGUCACAGAGCCGUGGAAUCCGAUAGUAUAUACGUGAACUGUCCAUUUAAACCAUCUCAAAAACCUGAGUCCAGCAAACAUUAUAACACGAGAUACCAGUAAGUUGACGUGAAUUAAAGAUGGAAAAUUGACAUCGAAUUCACGGUUCAAUGUUUCAGAGGGUAAGCUAAAGAAAAUAAUUUUUCAUAACGUUACUGCUUAUUUAUUGGAUGGUGUGAAACAGAAUUGAUGUAACUUUGCGUCUUGUCAUAUUUAAAGAGUUAGGCUUUCUAAAUUAAACUGACAUAAAACGUUUACCUAUUACACCUACCAACCACUUUUUAUUCAGUUUACGACAAAAAGUGACAAAACAGAAUUUAGGCAGCCCUCGAAUCAGCAAGCAUCUUCCUAAACCAAUAAAAUUAACGCCAGAAUUGACUGCGAAACUAUCCAUAAGAAACUAAACUUGACAAAUAUUUGACAGAUCACAAUACGCAGGAUGAGUUUGCUUAAUGGCUUAUUCUUUGCAUAGUUAAAUGUUUGUGUGGAAAGUUCUACUGAUCUCAAAUCGUUUUUAGAUCAGUCAUUGCAUAAAUGUAUCAUUUAUACUCAUCAAAGGUAAAAUUGAUCGGUAUCUUAUCCCAAGGUUUUAUUGCACACAGAAGCGUUUAAAAAGUUGAGUUAUACUAAUUUUGUUUCACGAGACAAAAUAAAGCACUUAAUUAGAACAAUUGAGAUUAGAAUUCAUCCCCUAUCACUUAUGAAAGUUUGGGGAUACAAUUGGCUGAAUUAUUUCUUCCAUGACAUCCAAAAACAGAGGUUUAAACAUAGCUUUAACGAAGAAAGAUCUACUUUAAUAAAUUCAAUACAUUCAGAAAAUGGUUGUGCAGCUACUCUCUUUGUACUAUGAUCAUCCAAAUAAUCUAAAAUUUACCUUUCAACUUGUUAUCUUUAUUGUUAUGCAGCUAUUUCCAAUAAUUAACAAGUUGCUUGUCCAAAAAAUCAUAUACAUAUUCUCGAUUUUCAUUCUCAUUUAAUCAACCUUAUCAAUCAACAUAUCAACCCUUCCUUUUUGCCUUUAUCUCCUCUUAUUAUUAUUGCUAUUUGAUGGAUCAAACUAUGAACUGAUCUUAGCUAUAACAUUAUUAAAUUCUAAGAGGAGUUAGAAAGCUGUUUCGUCCUGUCAUGAGACUGCAUGAUAGUACUCGUCGACGACCCCAAUAAAGGGGGUCGAACUUAGGACCUUCAGUCUCGCGCACAAAUGUUAAACCAGUAGACCAUUAAGCUGGCAGUCUUUGAUACACCUGACCGACUUCAACCAAUUCAUGAUGCUGAGCAACCAUACCCUAAAGUUAGGCUAAUUACUACAAUUUGAUUUGUAUUUUUCGAAUGUAAAAUUAUACAUUCAUGUCAAGGUAUGAUGAAGAGCCAAAACUUCAAAAGAUGUUUUUGACGUUCGACCUAUAUUUUUAAGAAUACUUUUUUAUUUAAUAAGAUGCUUUGGAGUGUCAAGUUUAUCAUCGAAAAAUGUUCGUAAGGAAGUCCAUGUAAAAAAGUAUGCUGCAAAGUAUACUUAAGUAAUGUUUCAUUAUUUUGUUAAACGGGAAAGUAUCGUUUCAAGAAUAUCGAAAAAACAAACGGGAUAUUCUCAGAUAUAUGCAGUACACUUAAAAACCUUAUUACCUGUUUUUGGAUGUUCAUUUCGUCAGCUGCGUUUUUUAGUGGUGAAAUUGCCAUUGCCUUUCUAAACAGAGUCAUUGAUUUGUGUUGAUUAAAUCAUUCAAAUUAGAUAAUGAAACUUCAUCAAAUUCAUAUGCUUGAACAACAAAUUUCCCUUACCUGUCCACUACCUUAUUUGAUUUGAUUAAUCUUAAGAUAGAUGAUUUUGGUCUUUUAUGGAUUAAAAUUUAGCUUGUAAGCUAUUCUUAAAAUGUUGUUACUUACUUACUUGCUCACGUAAGUUACUCCUCAUGGAGGAGCAUAGGCUGCUCACCAGCACUUGCCAUCCAACCCUGUCCUGGGCAAUCCUUUCCAGCUCUUUCCAGUCGUUACUCAUCCUUUUCACAUCUGAUUCUAUUUCCAGACGUAAUGUGUUCUUUGACCUUCCUUUUUUCCACUUCCCUUCAGGAUUCCACAUUAGGGCUUGCCUCGUGAUGUAGUUUGAUGAUUUGCGUAAUGU